AGUGACUUCCUUGUUGUGAGCCCCGGCCCGGCAGUGUCCGGACUCGUAGCACCGCUGUCCUGACCGGGACCGCUAGCCUGAGUCUAGAUCGCAGCCGCAACCUCAGCCCGUCGGUCCCCCUUUCAGCACAGGUCUUUUUCCCGCACGCCCCGCGCUUCCUAACAUGCCCAACCCCAGCAGCACCUCCUCUCCCUACCCCCUCCCUGAGGAAAUUAGGAACCUGUUGGCAGAUGUUGAAACAUUUGUGGCAGACACACUGAGAGGGGAAAAUUUAUCCAAGAAAGCAAAGGAAAAGAGAGAAUCCCUUAUUAAGAAGAUAAAAGAUGUAAAGUCUAUCUAUCUUCAGGACUUCCAAGACAAAGGUGAUGCAGAAGAUGGGGAAGAAUAUGAUGACCCUUUUGCUGGUCCUCCAGAUACUGUGUCAUUAGCCUCAGAAAGAUAUGAUAAAGAUGAUGAAGCCCACUCUGAAGGAAACCAGUUUCCUCCAAUUGCAGCACAGGACCUUCCUUUUGUUUUAAAGGCUGGCUACCUUGAAAAACGCAGAAAAGAUCACAGCUUCCUGGGAUUUGAAUGGCAGAAACGCUGGUGUGCUCUUAGUAAAACAGUAUUCUAUUAUUAUGGAAGUGAUAAAGACAAGCAACAGAAAGGUGAAUUUGCAAUAGAUGGUUACGAUGUCAGAAUGAAUAACACUCUCAGGAAGGAUGGAAAGAAAGAUUGCUGUUUUGAAGUCUCUGCUCCUGAUAAACGCAUCUAUCAGUUCACAGCACCUUCUCCCAAAGAUGCCGAAGAAUGGGUACAGCAGCUGAAAUUUGUAUUACAAGACAUGGGAUCUGAUGUUAUUCCUGAAGAUGAUGAUGAAAGAGGAGAAUUAUAUGAUGAUGUUGACCAUCCUCUACCAACCAGCAGCCCACCAGCAAGCAGCCAACCAACUGAUGAUGAAAUUUAUGAAGAACUUCCAGAAGACGAAGAGGACAGUGUUCCUGCGGAAGUGGAGGAACAAAGGAAGAUGAGUCAGGACAGUGUUCAUCCCACCACAGGAGAUAAAAGCACCGAUUAUGCGAAUUUUUACCAGGGUUUGUGGGACUGCACAGGAGCUUUUUCUGAUGAGUUGUCAUUUAAACGUGGUGAUGUGAUUUACAUUCUUAGCAAGGAAUACAAUAGAUACGGCUGGUGGGUAGGAGAAAUGAAGGGAGCCAUUGGCUUGGUGCCGAAAGCCUACAUAAUGGAGAUGUAUGAUAUUUGAGAGUCCUGGAAAAGGAAGAUUCUCCUGCUGGUCUGUAAAUGCUUUGGAUUUAGAAUCAUCUUGAGAGCAUGAGUGGCAGCUGAAAACCUUUUUGUGUUUUGUUGAACAUUUGUCUUUGAGUGUUAUUUUAUGCAUUCAUUAUAAUAGUCCUCUGAUAUAAAAUUAAAUAAAGAAUACUAAUGUAAAUUAGAGGCAAGCAGUAAAGUUGUACCUGUUGCUGUUUUGCGAAGAAGUAAAUACAGUUUUUAUUUACUCAUUUGAUUUGUGUGAAGAAUUCAGCCCGAUUUUCUAUGUACCUCACAGUCA